AUGGCAGCGCCCCCCUCCUCCGUCUCCGUCAGGGCCGGCGCGUCCGUCUCGGCGAAGCUGACCCCUCGCCAGGCCGCGAGGGCUGGGUUCGGUGGCAGGGUCAGCGUCAGCUCGGGCAGGAAGUGCGGCGGCCCCGUGCGGGCGUCGCUCUUCUCGCCCAAGCCCGCGGUGGCCAUGGACGCGAGGCCGACCAAGGUGCAGGAGCUGCACGUGUACGAGCUCAACGAGCGCGACCGCGAGAGCCCCGCCUACCUCCGGCUCAGCGCCAAGCAGAGCCAGAACGCGCUCGGCGACCUCGUCCCCUUCACCAACAAGGUCAUGUACAACGGCAGCCUGGACAAGCGGAUCGGGAUCACGGCGGGGAUCUGCAUCCUGAUCCAGCACGUGCCGGAGCGCAACGGCGACCGCUACGAGGCCAUCUACAGCAUCUACUUCGGCGACUACGGCCACAUCACCGUGCAGGGGCCCUACCUCACCUACGAGGAGUCCUACCUCGCCGUCACCGGCGGCUCCGGCGUCUUCGAGGGCGUCUACGGCCAGGUCAAGCUCAACCAGAUCGUCUUCCCCUUCAAGAUCUUCUACACCUUCUACCUCAAGGGCAUCCCCGACCUGCCAAAGGAGCUGCUCUGCACGGCGCCCGUCCCGCCAUCCCCCACCGUCGAGCCCACGCCCGCAGCCAAGGCCACCGAGCCACACGCAUGCCUCAACAACUUCACCGACUAG